UAUUAUUUUUUUUUAUAUAAAAGAAAUACUGAUUGGCCAGUUUUAGGUAACUCAUAAGACCUGUAUAUUUAAUAUUCUCAUUUUACAAUUUUGUAAGAUAAUAUACCUGCUAUAAAAUACUGAAAAUAGGCAUCAGCUGAUAAUGUGCAGGUUAUGAAAGUUCCUACAAAGCACGAAUUAAUAAACUCUACAAAGCAAUGACGUUCUUUAAAGUUCUUGGCAAAACUUGUGGUUUUAUAGGCUAUGUUUUCCAAUACGCUUGUAUUACACACUGCACGUUUGAAUAUAUAGGAGAUUUUGUGAUGUGUUCAGGGCCAUCAAUGGAACCUACUUUAGAAACAAAUAAUAUUUUACUCACAGAACACAUAACUCCGAGGUUUCAAAGGCUACGUCGAGGUGAUAUUGUCAUUGCGAAAAGUCCUAACAAUCCUAGGCAGAACAUCUGUAAAAGAGUAACAGGACUCCCUGGAGACAAAAUGAGGGGUCAAUUUCCAAGAAGAAGCCAAGUGGUGCCAAGAGGGCAUGUAUGGUUAGAAGGAGAUAAUGCAAGCAACUCAUCUGACUCUCGGCUCUAUGGACCGGUGCCUCAGGGCUUGAUCAGAAGUAGAGUACUAUGCCGAGUUUGGCCUUUAGACAAAAUCUCAUCCUUGACUGAUGUUUAAUGUUUUACCAUACUUAUCUCAAAUUGUAUUUGUAAAUAAAUAGCAGACACAUAUGCUCCAAGUUGGAUUUAUUACUGCAGUGCGGGAAUUAACGUGAUUAUUGAGGUAAAUAUUUUCUGCCAAAGAAUCUAAAAAAAACAUUACUUUAGGAAACUGUU